UGCUUCGUCCGGGUGGCUUCUAUCUUCUUAUACACCGACUUCUCCUCCUCUGAAAGCCCCACACCACCUUUAGCCUCUUUUCCUCCGUCUUUACAGGCCUUUACCUCGGGUGGUAUCGCCGCUUUCCUUUCUUAUUCUACAGUGGAGUCGAUCCGCACGAUGUUUUUGUAGAUUUUCCUCGGAGCGUUCUUGACGGAGGUGUGUGCACUGGAUGAUGUACUCUUGUGCAUAUGCACGCUAUUCAUCAAGACUCCAGUAUUCUGGAUUCUGAGAGUUUGUUUUACAGGUUGUCUGCACUGAGUUAAGGAGAUGCCAACAUUGUUUACUUACCAGUGUAACUAAGGUUUCAUGUUUGAUGUCAUAACCACUAAGCAUACUGCAAAAAAAAAGGAGAAUGGGUUCUGGGUAUUGGUUCAAAACAAUUAUCGGCAGGAAGAAAACAAAGAAAGAUCAGUCAAAGCAAGUGAAGGGCAAUUCUAGUGAACAAUCAAAUGGGUUCAAGUUGAGAAAUCAAUCUCACAGGAAGUCUCAUAAAUUAUAUAAUGGUGCUUCCAGUGGGAAAACUGAUUAUGGUAGCGUGAGGAUUGAGGACUCAGCAGCCAUUCGGAUUCAAACAGCUUUCCGAGGCUUCAGGGCUAGGAAAAAGCUUCGUUCGUUGAAAGGGAUACAAAGACUACAAGUCCUUGCCCAAGGCCAUUCUGUUAAGCAGCAGGCAUCAACCACUUUGAGUUAUCUCCAAUCAUGGGGCAAAAUACAGGCACAAAUUAGAGCUCGCCGUAUUUGUAUGGUAACUGAAGGCCGCAUUAGGCAGAAGAAACAAGACAAUCAAUUAAAACUGGAGGCUAAGCUUCAUGACUUAGAGGUGGAAUGGUGCGGAGGCUCUGAAACGAUGGAGGAAAUAAUUGCCCGGAUUCAACAAAGAGAAGAAGCAGCAAUCAAGCGUGAACGAACUUUGGCAUAUGCAUUUUCGCAUCAGUGGAGGGCCAACCCUGGCUUGAACCAGGGGCCGUUUGUUUAUGAAUGUGGGAAAGGUAAUUGGGGGUGGAGCUGGAUGGAUCGGUGGAUUGCUGCUCGUCCAUGGGAAACCAGACUGCCCACUCGUUCUGUGAUCCCCAAGAAAGAACAGACCAAGGCAACAAGCAAAGUUGGCAACGAUACAGAUCCGUCAGCCCAGAAAGUAUCAGAGUCAGUUAAACCUGCAGCUGCUGACGGGAAAGGCUCUACAAAGAGAUCAUCUCAGUCAAAUGGCGAUAACUUAGUUAACCGAGAGCAACAUGCCAAGGCAGCAGCAACUCAUCAGAAAACCAAGAACGCAAAGAUGAAGCAGGAGCAGCAGCGUCCUUCACAAACCAGUGAAAUUACUGGCUGAGUCUGGCUGGAGAUUAUGUGCCAAAAUCAAAUUAAUUCAUUGUUUGCACUAGUGAGAUCCAUGAUGGUAUAUAUUUAUAAAGAAAUGGCGUGAAGUAUCUCAAAAAAAAAAAUUGAAGGAAAUGAUGGUAUGAAGUGAUAAUUUUCUGUCGUUUUUUUGUCUUUUUUCUUUUCUUUACCAUUCAUUAUGCAGAAUAAAAUUGGCCAUUAAUUCUCCGUUGAA